AGAAACAGCAAAAUGCUCUUACAAAGUUGUUUAAUUACAUUUUUAUUUAGUAACUUGCUUGCUACUGAAUCAUGGAAAAAACCAGGAUGCCAUCGAAUCGGCCACACGAGAACAAUCAGUAUUCCGGAUUGCUUAGAGUUUAAAAUCACAACCAAUGCAUGCCGUGGAUUUUGUGAAUCGUGGUCUUUGCCAAGUAUCAUGCUGGGAUUCAAACGACACCCCGUCACUUCACUGGGACAAUGCUGUAACAUAAUGGAGGCUGAGGAUAUACCGGCGAAGGUGCUUUGUUUGGACGGAGAAAGGAAUUUAAUUUUUAAAUCUGCUCUUUCGUGUGCUUGCUAUCAUUGUCAAAAGGAAUAGUCGUGUCGAUUACCUCAUACAGUUUGCACUUUAUAAGUGAGACUAAAUAGAAACCCUACUAUUUACAAUAUGUGUAGUUUAAAAUAACGUUUAAUUUAUUAAGUUAAAGUGUAACUUUCCACCAGUACCUACUUAAACAAUAUUUCAUGAGUAUAAUGUACCUUGGGUAAUGUUUAAACGUAGUUAAGUACGCAGGUUGAAACUUAUUCGCUUACAUCUUUUCUGUAUUAAGUUUGCAUUGCACGAUGAUUGUAUGCAUAAUGGAAUAAUGAUUACGCCCUUCAAAUAUAUACAUAUCGGUGCUUAAUUUAGCAUAA